AUGAUGUCAAAACACAAUUCAUUUCCUCUUGAUUGUGACUCUCCACCAAAAAAUCUUACGGUCCAUUCUUAUCAAAGAAGUUAUCAAACAAUCAGUAGUUUGGGUAAUGGGAGCUUUGGUACUGUUGAAUUGGCAAAAUUCAAAUUCCAAAAGUUUGAUCUUUUGAAUAUGCAUGAAGAUAAAGCGGGUACAUUAUUGUACCCAUUAGAAGAUUCUAAAUUCAAUCAAUCAAAUCUUGUUGCCAUUAAAACUAUGAAGAAGAAGUUACUGCUCUUACUGGAAUAUGCCAAUGUCAAAGAGGUGAAAUUCAUCUUGUCAAUUCCAUCACAUCCUUGUUUGGUGCAAAUUUUCGAAAUGUUUAUUGAUGAUGUUAAUUAUCAAUUGCAUAUAUCCAUGGAAGCAUUGAAUCAAAAUUUGUAUCAAUUAAUCAAAAGUAGACGAAAUAUCAAGUUUUCACCAGUGACUUUGAAAAGCAUUUUGAGCCAGUUACUAUGUGCCAUAAAACAUAUUCACAAAUGGAACUAUUUCCACCGUGAUGUCAAACCAGAAAAUAUAUUAGUGAUUCCAACAUUACAUUUUUAUGGAUCUAAAGCUUCAGUACCACCAUAUCGUAAAAAUGAUAAUUUUAUUGUCAAAUUAGGUGACUAUGGUUUGGCCAGACAUGUUUCAAAUACGAAACCAUAUACCGCAUAUGUGUCCACAAGAUGGUAUCGUUCUCCUGAAAUUUUACUUAGACAGAAAUGGUAUUCCAGACCAAUUGAUAUUUGGGCGUUUGGUGCUGUUGCUGUUGAAAUUGCUAAUUUUGUUCCCUUGUUUCCUGGAUCUAACGAGUUUGAUCAAAUUUGGAAGAUAUUGAGAAUCCUUGGUUCCCCUUAUGUACCUGAACCAAAUACAAUCAAUGCUAAUUAUGUUGUGCCAUUAGGCGGAUACUGGAACGAUGCUGUAUAUUUAGCCAACAAACUUGGAUUGAAAUUACCAGCAGAGCCAGGAAUGAAUAUUGAGGAUGUGGUGCAACACCCUGAUGGAAAUGCUUUACAGGAUGUAAUUCAAGGUUGUUUGAAAUGGGAUCCCUUAGCUAGAGCUGAUGCAAAUGAACUUGCUAAAAUGCCAUACUUUAAGGAAACUAUAAAAAUGAUGGAUAGUCACUUUGAAGGUGAAACAUUAUCUGUCAAUGCCACUUUGAACAAAUUAGUUGGAAUUCCCAAUUCUCCUUCAAGAAAACUAAUGGCCCCUGCUAAAACCCAAAGAAAUGUAUCGAUGCUUGAUGAGUUCCCAAUAUACCAAGAUUUGGAUGACGGGUACGAAAAUUAUUUUGAUGAAUAUAUUGGUAUUGACCAAGGAGAGGAAAAUAGUGAAGGGAUAGACGGCUAUAAACUUAUUUCUCAUCCAUGGAUGUCAAAAGUUAAAGAUUUUAUCGGUACUAGAGAGUCUGAGAAGGAACCUCGUAGUGUUGGUGUUAAUGGAACAAGUGGUGAUAAAAAGAAAUCAAAUCAAGUCGGGGGCACAAAAAGAUCAUUCACCACUUUUUCUAUGGAAAGUGAAGAGAUUGCUAAUUUAUAG